AUGUUCCUAGGCCAUCUACGCGCGGCACACCCUACAAGUGACUGUGUUAUGGAGUCUUUCGACGUCGAAUUACUUUAUACGAAAGCAUCUAAUGACUCUGCGAUACAGGCUAUGUUCGAGCUGCUGAAAGAAAAUAUAAGAACCAUCAAUUUAUACGGAUUCUCGAUCUUCCACUUGGAGGUUAUUCUCAAGGCCUGCCUCGACUACAAUAUCUUCAGAUGGUCCGUAAAUUACUUUGCACAACUUAGAGGUUUAGCUAUGCGGCAAAGAUUGGCUCCUACCUUAGCUAUUUCAUUUAUGGCCAAAAUUGAAGCACCUGUUCUGGAACUAUAUCCUUUUUUCUACAGGUACAUCGACGAUUACGUUGUCAUUUGUCCGACGCAAGCAGUGAUGGACAAAUGUUUUGACUUGUUGAACCGACAGUCCGAACGCAUAAAAUUUACAAGGGAGAAACCACAGAGCAAGUGGAUUCCUUUUAUAAACACCCAGGUUGGCAUCUCAAACGGUACGUACCAAACGAAAUGGUAUCGUAAGCGCAGUAAUAAGAAUAUUUUGGUUCGUUUUCUCUCUGCUCAUCAUUCUCGAAUGAAGGAAACUGUGAUUAACAACAUGUUCGGUACCGUUUGUAGUGGACUUAACGAGAGAAAGGAAUUGUUAACUUAG